AUGGAUGUGCCCAAGUUCAAGGAGCGCGAGAAGGCCCUCGAAGAUGACUAUAUUCGUCGCAAGGAGGCCGAGAAAUUCAAGCCACCUGCGCCGACUCAGCCUGGUAGUACCCAGCCCUCAAAUCCAGAGCACAAGGUUCAACCAAAGAAACAAACAUCCUGA